UGGAGUUGUACUGCGCAGGAGCGGAAGUAGAUGACGGGCCAGAGGGGAAAAGCGGAAGAGGGAGUCUGGAAAUCACAAACAUGAACAAGCUGAAAUCCUCGCAGAAGGAUAAAGUUCGCCAGUUCAUGAUUUUCACGCAGUCGAACGAGAAAACAGCGCUGAAUUGUUUGGCUCAGAAUGACUGGAAACUAGAGGUGGCCACAGACAACUUCUUCCAGAAUCCUGAACUUUACAUACAGAAUCUGAAAGGACUGUUCGACAGGAAAAAGCUAGAGCAGCUCUACAAUCGCUACAGAGAUCCUCACGACGACAAUAAGAUCGGUAUAGAUGGCAUUCAGCAGUUCUGUGACGAUCUUGGACUGGACCCAGCCAGUAUAAGCGUUCUCCUAAUAGCGUGGAAGUUUCGCGCCGCGACACAGUGCGAGUUCUCCAAGCAAGAAUUCAUGGACGGGAUGACUGAACAAGGAUGUGACAGCAUAGACAAGCUUAAAGCUCAGUUGCCCAAAAUGGAGCAGGAGUUAAAAGAGCAAGGCAGAUUUAAAGACUUCUAUCAGUUUACUUUCAACUUUGCGAAGAAUCCCGGACAGAAAGGCUUGGAUUUAGAAAUGGCGAUUGCGUACUGGAAUUUAGUAUUGGCAGGACGUUUCAAAUUCCUCGACCUUUGGAACAAAUUUUUAGUGGAGCACCAUAAGCGAUCCAUUCCCAGAGACACCUGGAACCUCUUGUUAGACUUCAGCACCAUGAUCACCGACGACAUGUCCAACUACGACGAGGAAGGAGCGUGGCCAGUCCUUAUUGACGAUUUUGUCGAGUUCGCUCGGCCGUACAUCGGGACCAAGAGCACGGCGGUCUAAGGGACUCCGAACGCCGUCCCGACCUCACGCACACCUCCACCUCGUGGAGGACUGAACUGAGAUCUACAUUGCCUUUUCCGACCCUCAGGAUCAAGACGCGUGUGUACAGCAAAGACAUUUCAGAGACGCGUCUCCUCUUCGUCAUCUAGCGGUGGUUUGGGCUUUUUUUUUUUUGUUUGUUUGUUUGUUUUUUGUUCACUUUGGAUACGAGUGCCACUUCUGUGUCAACUGAAUGUGGAUCCAGCUCUGAGACCUCAUCAUGAUCUCCUCCUCUUCACCUGGACAGGAACAAAUCACAACAUGACACGACAUCUUCGUCUUCAUGGUUGGGGAACCUGAAACAUCAUCAGGUGUUAAAUCUUAAUUUUAGCACUCCACAUUGGCUCCUGCUUUGAACCUUUUUUUUUUUUUUUUUUUUAAACAGUGGAGUUUUGAUUGUAUCCUGUAUUUAGGGGACAAAUACACAAGGAUCAGACACCCUGUUUAUGCUAUGUUUUUAUGUUUGUUAUGUUUUUAUUGUGACUUAAUGUAUGUUUUUUUCUGUUGCUGUUUAAAAAGAAAAAAAGAAAAUGCUUUCACUUUGUUUGGUUUUGAUUAAAAGUAACACGUAUAGCUGGUAUGUUCUGUCAUUCUAAACGAACGGAGUGACUUUUACUUUACUUUGACAAAUUAAACAGUAAUUUAUUGUA